CGCGCCAAGCUUUGCUUGAGUCUUGCCCUUGAUGAUCCGUCGCUUUGCUAUAAGAGAGAUGGUACCAGUACUCUUCAAGCAGGUAGAACUAGUUAGAUAAUAUUCAGCGAUAUUCACGGUCAACAUGUCGGACAUGUAUCCUCAUUACCUCCCCUCUCUCAGCGAGCGCGAUGCUAUCGCCGACGCCUUGUACCGGACCACCAUCGGCUGUGACCACAACGACACUGAGCUCUUCAACUCGGCGUGGGCCGGGGAAGACGUAUCCUUUGAAAUCCACAACGACAACAAGAUAGUGAUGUCUGGUCUCUCCGAUAUCCGCAAGAACCUCUUCGAGCUAGUUGGUCCCAUGGAUACCACACACAACACUACCACGGUUCGUGUGAACUUGAAGGACGGCGCCGACAUUGCCACUCUCACUGCGGUUUCGACCGCGCAGCACUGUCCUCCUGGCAUGGGCAGGGAUCCGACUGGCCCCAAGUACACUACCGGCGGGGAGUACUCGGUCGACCUCAUCAAGGAUGAUUCGGGUGUAUGGAGGAUCAAGAAGCUGGUGUUGCGUAUUGUCUGGACGCAGGGAGAUCCUUCAGUGAUACAGCCCAAGUCGGAGGCUGCAUCCAAAUAAGUGGUGCAUCAUUGGUGGAUUGGAACCCCCGGGUCCGUCAGCCCGAAUGCGCCGCGGUUGAUAGGUCAACAGCUUCAGGCCAACGCGACCAGGAGGUUCCCUCGAGGUUCACUCCGGGAUUCAAAGCAACGCUCUAACCUCAAAUGUGGACCAGAAGUAAAUGUUUGAUAUUUACCUCCUAGAAAAGGAACCAAAAACUGUCAAAAUAUAAAUGCCUCGGC